CGCGUGUGCGCGUGCGUUCAUCCAAUCCAAACAAACACUCCUAUACAUAUACACACACUUAUACACACUCGUACACACACGCAGUCUGCAGCAUCUAGGCGGGCAGUGGGCUGCAGUAAUGGGAAGGUGUCUCUGUAGAAUGAAGAUGACACAGGAGAAGCCGAGGAAGAUGCGUUCGGCUCGGCGAGCGGGAGGGCAAGGCUACGUCAUUCGUUUGGUCCAUUAAAGCCCUCCAGGGACUGGCCUGCUUCUAGACCCGGAACCAAGAGCAAUGGACUGCAGACGGCAGAGGGACAAGACCAGAGCCGGCUACUUCGGCAGUGUGAAGAACAGACUGGGCACUAAGCUGCCACCAGGAGUCACCCAGCCUCCGGGUUUCGUCACAGGGCCAUGGGAACCCACCUCCCACCCAAACGGAGCUCGGAGCGUUCUGACCACUGCAGAGGGCAGCGCUGGGCGGCAUCACAUCCGCAACCCCAAACUGAGGCAGUACUACCUUAAAGAGGCUGCUUUCCCAUCUGAAACAACAAAGACUCUGGAGUCACCGAGUGAAUCAAACAGCAGAAAUGAACAGGGGGUUCAUCAGGAAGACACAGUGUUCAGUGUUGCCUCUCAGUUCAGUGGCAGAUCAGCUGUUGUUUCUGUCCCCACAAUCCCCAGCUCUGCUGUCUCAGCCACACAGCAGCUCCUCCUGCCUCAAAACAAGGCCUCCUCCACCCGCAGACCUUCUCCUGCAGCGCCAACAAUGACCACGCCUGACCUCUGUCCAGGUUCAGAGCCCAGGCUGAAUGCUGUGACCCCUCCGACCCCUGUGUCGCCUUCAACAGAUGCAGAAUACGACAAGCUGCUGGACGUGGAAGCCGUGCCAAUGCCUGAUGGAAAGCUCUGCCUAUUGGCUCUCCCACCUGAAUGCACGCAGGGGGAGGGGCCAGCUGACAUGCCUUACCUCAAGUUAUUCUGUCGUUUUAUCACAGAUCGGAAAGGCGUGGUCUCUGGGAUACUGCUGGUGACCCCCAAUAAGAUCUUCUUUGACCCUCAUAAGUCCCUCCCGCUGGUGCAGGAGAACGGCUGUGAGGAGUAUUUGUUUUCUUGCUCUGUGGACGACCUGGUGUCGGUCAGCAUCAUCUCUGACAUCUCCCAUGUCCACUUCAACAAAUCCACACAAAGAUGGAAAGAUCGCAAGAAAGCUUCAAAGGGCAGAACCUCAAAAAAUUCAGCCGUCGACUCUCAGAGUGAUGCUCACAGUGUCACUCUUCAGUCCAAAAUGGAAGCCGCUCCCACGAUGAGGAGGUCCAUGACGUGGGACAUGCAGACAGCCCUUGGGACAGGCCCGGAGGCGAGCCAUGGCGAGGAUGAGGGUGGAGAGAGCCAAGACAUGGCUGAGGUGGAGCAGCAGCUGGGGCAGUUCAGUCUGGAGUCCACCGUGCUGAGCAGCGCCGCCACCUUCUGCUGUGGAGCAACCAAUGCAGAGCUGGAACAGGAUGCUAAAACAGAGCAGCAGCCGUGUUUGAAGAAGCAGAUUUCAGGCCGGGGUGCUGCCAGCUCCCUGAUGUUUGUGAGGAUGCGUCAGAAGCAGCAGGCUGUGAAAAAGAAAGGAUUUGCAGCGAUAGACCUAGGCAAAACAAGAGCUGUGGCUUCCAGAGACGCCUGGUUUACCCUGCAGCAGGAGAGUUCAGAUGAGCUGUAUGCCUACCUAAGUCAGCACAGGCCGGACCUGUGCAUCCUGGAGGGAGGUGAAGAGGAGCAGGCGGAGAGAGACGAAGACGACUUUGUGCUUCUGGAUGAUGGAGAGGGAGGUGGGGGAGAAGAAGGAGAAGAGGAGGAGGAGUCUCCUAAGCACGGGCGCAACGGUGAUGAGUGGGAGAUGGUGAGUGUGGAGGACAGCAGGGGGAGGGUCUCCUCACUCUCUGCAGAUAAAGAGCCGGACGGAAUGAGUGACAUUCUGAGGCAGAGCCUUAUACUGGAUGCACAGCAAGUCAGAGAGCUCUCCAGUGAGUUGCCACCACGAACGGUGGGUCACUCGUGGAAGUUGGCUUACAGCACGAGUAAACACGGUGCCAGCCUCAAAACCCUGUACAGAAAACUGAGUGUAUCAGACUCUCCUGUUCUUCUGAUCAUCAGAGACGACAACCAGCAGGUGUUUGGGGGUUUCCUCUCUCAUCCGCUGCGGCCAAGCGACACCUUUUACGGUACAGGAGAGACAUUCCUCUUCCUUCUGCGUCCUCGCUUUAAGUGUUUCCACUGGACUGGAGAAAAUUCCUUCUUCAUCAAAGGAGACCUUGACUCUUUUGCCAUCGGUGGUGGAAGUGGUCACUUUGGCUUGUGGCUGGACGAGACACUGUACCUGGGCAGAAGCAGCCCGUGCUACACAUUCAACAACUGCAGCUUGUCUGAGACCAGCGACUUCAGGGUGUUGGAACUGGAGGCCUGGACCUUCUGGUGAUCCGGUGGAGCACACAGCAGCCCAAUUCUCAAAGUCUCAAAACACUAAGGGCUUCGUUUGAUGAAUAUUGUGGACUUUGGACAUUGUUGAACAUCUCUGAGAGGUUCUUUAAACAGAGGUUGCAAAAAAAGGCAUGCAAUACUGGAAACUACCUAAAAAGUGAAGACUCUUCAUAUUGAGGAUGUGAUCUUCAUAGGUCAACACCAGGCCAAGAUGCUAUCACCACAAGUAGAAUGAUGAGUCUUGGACUUGGGGCUAAAAUGGAGAACUUGGCUCUUGUGCAUAAAGAGACAACUUAACUGGCUAUAGAUAGUUGAUGGCACCGGAAUGAAGGAUCAAAGUGGUUUUGUACUGUGAUGGUAAGAAGCUCAUCAAUCUGGAAUCUUCAGUUGUGAUGAUCUGACUGUGUCUCUGGAGUAAAGUGCUUCAUGAUAGUCAACUUCUCAUUGCUUUUGGAAGCAGACGUUCAUUCAACUAAUUUCCAUCUUUACAACCAGUGUUUUACUGUCUGAAUGGCUCCAAAUGACCUGCACAUCAAUCAGCUGCCUCAGCUCUACCAUAAAUGCUGCUUUAGUGUUUUGUUACAGCUGCCUAUGUUUAGAAUAGGAUGUUCUUCAGCUCCCAAAAUGUCCUGAGGCCAAUUCAGAAUCUUCUCUGUUUUAUAUAUGAAACCUGGGAGGUUCUUUAGCUCCUGAAAUGUCCUGAGGACAAUAUAUACUACUGAACCUAUAAUGCUCUGAGGCAAAUUUAGAAACUUCACUAUUUUGUCUGAAACCCUGGGACAUUUUUUAGCUUAUAAAAUGUCCUGAGGCCAGUUCAAAAACUUGUCAAUAUCACAUCUGAAACCUGGGAGAGUCUUCAGCACGUUAAAUGUCCUGAGGCUAGUUCAAAAAAGUCAAAAGUCUGAAACCUGGGACGUGCUUCAGGACCUAAAUGUCCUGAGAAUCCAUUAAAUAUUACAUCUGAAACCUGGGAUCUUCUUCAGCUUCUAAAAUGUCCUUAGGCUAAUUUGGAAUCUUCUCCAUAUUACAUCUGAAACCUGGGAUGUUCUUCAGCACCUGAAAUGUCCUAAGAACAACAUAUAAAGAUCAUUAUCAUGUCUGAAACCUGGGACAUUCUUCUGCAUUCUUCAAUAUCACAUCUGAAACUUGAGAUGUUCCUCAGGUUCCAACAUUUCCUGAGGCAACAUCAGAAACUUCACUAACUUGCCUAAAACCUUGGGAUAAUCUUCAGGUCCUAAAAUGUCCUGAGGCUAAUUCAGAAACUUGAUAUGUCAAUAUGUCUGAAACCUGAAAGACCGAUAAUGUGAAUGGCUUUUUGCCUUUAUUGCACUUAGUGGAUCCCUCAGCUUCAACUAGCACUAAAUCUGUGUAGAUCGUGCACACUGGCUUACUAACAAACUUCCUGUCACUGUAAAACUAUUGGUCCACUGUAGACGACCACAUAUAAAAACAUCUUACCACUUACUACAGAUGAAGGAUUUAACUUUUUGGCCCAGGAUUGUCAAACAUACAGAAGCUAGAAAAUAAUGUGUCUAAUGUUUAGUACCUCUGUUGGUGGUGGUGGUCAGUGAGUUAUCCAUGCACAAACUCAUCUGUUUAUGCACCAUCCAUACAUGCACAUCACAAAAUCAAUAUUAUAAUGUAUAAUAAAAUUAAUGUGAAGUUC